AUGAAUAAGCAUAUAGACUGUGACAUUGUUGGUGAAAAGCGAGUGAUUAAACUCUUGCAGAAGUACAAAUUGUCUAAAACCAGCAUGAACUCCGAGAACAGCAGCCCGUGGAAUGUUGCCCCCGUCACUAGUACCAGUCCUGAGGCUGUGAGUCCGUGGUCUGUAUCUCCUUUCCAGACCAGCAAUCCGUUCAGGACUCCAGACUCUUCUUCGUCGCAUACGAAGACGGAACGUGAGUCUGAUGUGGUCAGUCCCGACAAAAUGGACGAUCAACUGACCACGACAAAGCCGACGCCCGUUUUUGCGGCGGCAUUUGAAUCCGCGAAGGAGGUAAAAGAUCCCGUUGCUUCAUCGCCUUGGACAACAGCGCCUCUUGCGACAGCUGAAGAGACGGUACCGACGUCAUCGUGGACGUCAGAGACGUCUGAUGUAGAUGAACAGGUCGUGGACAAGACACUUGAUUCUGUGAAGAAGACUUUUGCUACUAUUGUGGAUGAACUAGUAGAGGAGGCAGUCGUGGAGAAGGAGAAGCUAGGAGCGCAGGAGCAGGACGAGGAGCCGAGGAGUGUGCGGGUUCGUGUUCCUGUAAAGGAAGCGACUACAAGUGCGUGGACGACGAUACCUGUUGUCAACGAAGCAGUUGCUGAUGAAGAUGCUGGAGUCGCAGAAGAGCCUGCAGUUGUUGCCGCGUCUGCCCCGGUAGAGCGUGUUGGAGAAGCCUUUGCUCCAGUUGUCGACGAAACUGUCGUUUCGAGCAAGGAGGAAGCUCUCGCAGCUUCUAGUGCAUGGACUUCUACGCCUGAUUUGGAGGAAAGUGUCCCAGUUGCGACAAAAAAGGCGAUUGCCGUUGUAAGAAAAUCUGUUGCUCCGGAAGAUGUCGUUGAACCGGCGGUGGAAGCUGCUGCUAUUGAAGUGGAAGUUGAGUCACAGUUUGUUGAGGAACCGCCUCUAGAGACAGCUAGUCCAUGGACUGCAGCUUCUGGCCAGGAACGCGAUUCUAGUUCUUGGGCGGCGGCGGCGGUGUGGGAAGAAGCUGCGUCUGUCAAGAUAGCCGCGCCUGAGCUUGCGGUGGAGACACCCGAUCCAGUGGCGGAGGCGCCGGAAUAUGUGACGGCGGCUCCUAAGUCCGUUGUGGAGACAUGUGUUGAAGAAGACGGUCCGGUGUUAAGCGCAUGGAACUCAACUUCUGUCCAAGCAGACGCUCUGAAAAAGGCGGACAUUAUUAAAGAGGAGCCGAUUGAACAGGAAGUUGUGGCAGUAGCCGAAAUGGUUGAGGCUCCUGUCGAAGAAGUUUCUGCUGUGUUUGGAGCAGAGAAUGUGGCUCUUGAUAUGUCUCCAGCCUGGAACACGACUCCUGUGCAAGAGGAAGUUGACGUUUGUAAGGUUGAUAAAAUGGUGAAGCCAGUAAGGGAAGAAGAGCCCGUCGAGGAACCUGCCGUCGUAGAGAAGGUGACCAAAGAGGCGGAUGUAGCGGCCGUCAAGGAGGUUGUAAUGGCCACGGAGGAUGUGGUGAAGGACGUCAAGAUUGAUAAGAAAGCCAUUGCGAACGCGUUUGACGGCGUAACUAGUUACAAGGUCGACAGCGUGACCAAGGUCAAGAAGAUCCCAAACGUCGAAGCGGUUGCCGCCAAGUCAGCGGAUACUCCUGUAGCAUGCUGCGGUGUCGGUGGAUGUAGUAUCCAAUAG